GCCACGGCCCGAGGCCUCGGCCCGCGACCCCUGGCUCGCCGCCCCCCGGCCCCGCGGGCCCCGGCUCGGCCGCGCAGCAUGCAGCAGCAACACCCGCGGCGGCGGCGACGGCGGCGGCUCUGAGAUGGUGGACGCGGGCGGCUGCCCGAUCGGGGAGGGCUGGAGGAGGAUGGAGGCCGCGCCCGACGGCGCCGUGGACAUCGUGCCGCUGGACCGCUACGACCCGGCGCGGGCCAAGAUCGCCGCCAACCUGCAGUGGAUCUGCGCCAAGGCCUAUGGCCGAGAUGACAUCCCGGAGGACCUCAGGGACCCCUUCUACAUCGACCAGUACGAGCAGGAGCACGUCAAGCCCCCGGUCAUCAGGCUGCUGCUGUCCAGCGAGCUGUACUGCCGCGUCUGCGGCCUCAUCCUCAGAGGGGACCAGGUGGCCGCUCUGCAGGGACACCAGGCUGUCAUCCAGGCCCUGUCCCGGAAAGGGAUUUACGUGAUGGAGAGUGACGACACCCCCGUGACGGAGCCCGAUCUCAGCCACGCGCCCAUAAAGAUGAGCGCCCACAUGGCGAUGGUGGACGCACUCAUGAUGGCCUACACCGUGGAGAUGAUCAGCAUUGAGAAGGUGGUGGCCAGCGUCAAGCGCUUCUCCACGUUCAGUGCCUCGAAAGAGCUUCCCUACGACCUUGAGGACGCCAUGGUCUUCUGGGUCAACAAGGUAAAUCUUAAAAUGAGAGAGAUAACAGAGAAAGAAGUUAAGUUAAAACAGCAGUUAUUGGAAAGUCCAGCUCAUCAAAAGUCUCCCUCCAAGUGGUACUGGAAGCUAGUGCCCGUGCGCUACCGCCGAGAGCACCUGUCAACGAGGCAGCCACCCUACUUCCCGUUGUUGGAGGACCUGAUGCGGGAUGGCAGCCACGGGGCUGCUCUCUUGGCCGUGGUCCACUACUACUGCCCGGAGCAGAUGAAGCUGGACGAUAUAUGCUUGAAAGAGGUGACGUCGAUGGCGGACAGCCUGUAUAAUAUUCGGCUUCUGAGAGAAUUCUCAAAUGAGUAUCUGAACAAGUGCUUUUAUCUCACUCUAGAAGAUAUGCUGUAUGCUCCCUUAGUGUUGAAGCCAAACGUUAUGGUUUUCAUUGCCGAGCUCUUCUGGUGGUUUGAGAAUGUCAAACCAGACUUUGUUCAGCCCAGGGAUGUUCAGGAACUGAAAGAUGCUAAAUCAGUAUCGCACCCGCGAAGCGCUCGGCCUCCUGUUCCCAUCUCCAACGCCACCAAGCGCAGCUUCCUGGGCAGCCCCGCGGCGGCGAGCCCAGCCGAUCCGCAGCCCCCCACGCAGCUGCACCACCUGCACCUCGAAGAGCCUGAGCUCUUGGGGAAAGGGGCCUCUGCCUUUAGCCCAUCGCAUCCGUUGUUGCCACUGAGACAGAAACAGCAAAAGACAGUGCAGGGAGAGGACCCCGCUGACCAGCGACACCGAUCUAAUUCCUUAACCCGAGUCGACGGUCAGCCCCGAGGGGCAUCAGUAGCGUGGACAGAAAAAAAAAACAGGCCUGCGUCUCAGCCAGCGCCCUUUGCUCUCCAUCACGCUGCGAGCUGCGACGUGGACCCAGGCUCUGGCGACAGCGUCAGCCUGGCCCGCUCCAUCAGCAAGGACAGCUUGGCAUCCAGUGUCAUUCAUCUGACCCCGCAGAACCAGCCCCAGCCCGCAGCCCUCAGGACCGAUGGAAGAAGCCUCCUGAACAAUGUCAGUAUUGAGGACGAGGGUGAGGAGCUCCUGGCCAUCGUUAGGACGGAUGCGGCUCACCAGGGCGCCGAGCCCGGCCUGAUGGCAGGUGCCAGGUCUCCCCAGAGGCUGGCGGAUGCCUUAGAAAGUCAGCCCGACAGUUUCUUCCUGGAGCCACUGAUGCCGGCCGUGCUCAGGCCAGCCAAGGAGAAGCAGGCGGUCACCAAGGAGGAUGAGUGCGGAGAGGGGCGGCCGAGGGGCUUCACGUCCAGGAGGUCCGGCGAGGGCCACCAGCCUCCUGGGCGGAAGAAGGCGCCUGGCAGUCACGUCAGUCGAGACUUGAAUAGGACUUUCACCCCCAUCUCCUGUUCAGAGCUUCCCAUGGGCUUCGGCCCCGCGCCCACUGAGGCGGGGCCGCCUGCAGUGGGGGACGCCCGUGGCGGGCCUCCGGCCGGCGGCGUUUCCAGCCUGCCGUCUUGGGGACUGCCAGCCGACGGCUUCUUCCUUCACCUGGGCAGAGCCGACGAGGACGUGGAGGGCAGGCUGUCCGCGAGCUGUGCGCAGAGCCCCUGCGCCCUUGGCCCGGAGGCCUGGGCCAUCCUGAGGCAGGACUCCGACUCAGACAUCACAGACCUGGAGGGGGCCGAGCAGGCCUUCGCCGGCGAGGACUGCCCCGUGCUGGGGCCCGGGUACGCUGGGGAGGAGGAAUCGGCGAAGCUGCAGGAGGACCUGAAAGUGAAGGAGCACGAGGGCAAGGACGACGCCAGCGGCCGCUCCAGCCCGUGCCUGAGCCAGCUCAGCAGCGGCUCCGUGGCCGGCGGGAGCGUGAAGAUGACCAGCUUUGCCGAGAAGAAGCUUCACAGGCUCAACAGCUGCGAGACCAAGUCAAGCACGAGCAGCUCCCAGAAGACCACGCCCGACGCCUCGGAGAGCUGCCCGGCCCCGCUGACCACGUGGAAGCAGAGGGGCGAGCAGAGCCCGAGCUGGCAGGGCGGGGACCAGGCCAACCUGCUGGCCUCCGAGCUGGUGCAGCUGCACAUGCAGCUGGAGGAGAAGCGCCGGGCCAUCGAGGCGCAGAAGAAGAAGGUGGAGGCGCUGUCGGCGCGGCAGCGCCUAAAGCUGGGCAAGGCAGCCUUUCUGCACGUGGUCAGGAGGGGCCGGGCCGACGCCGCCCCUCGGCCACUGAAAGCGGGGGCCUCGGCGGGAGGGCACUCUCAGCACAACGGGGACGACCUCGAUGGCGUGUCCCGGGUGGGAGACCUGCUUGGCAAGGAGGAGGGCAGGGGAGACCUCCUGGGGCCCCCCGACCUGGACGGAGAGGACCUGGCUCUGGUCCAGCAGCAUCAGCGCAAGGACCCCGCCGCCCUCCCCGAGCUGGAGCGGAGCAAGGCGCUGUCAGCGGUGCUCCUGGAGGCCGUCGAGGGCGUGGACGUGGGCGUGGACCUGGGCGAGUGCGACCUGUCCAUUGAGAAGCUGAACGAGACCAUCAGCACGCUGCAGCAGGCCAUCCUCAGGGUCUCCCAGCAGCAGGAGCAGCUGCUGCUCGCGUCCCCCACGCUGCCCGCGCCGGCGGGCCCCAGGAACAGCUCCCAGGACCCCAAGGUCAAGGGGGCCAUACACUUUGGCGAGCCGCUCUCUCCGACGGCACUGGCCGGCCACCGCAAGGCCCCUCGGCUCGGUCCGGGUCGGAAUUCCCGUUCGGGAAGACCGGCCGAGCUGAAGGUGCCGAAGGAGCGAGCGCAGGGUUCCUCCCGAAGCAAGGCCCUCACACCCGGUGUCGAGGCCGCCCCUCGCUUACGGUCCUUCUCCCCCCGGACGCCCUCUGACCCGGGCUGGGACGGGGUCGCCGACCCUGGGAGUGACCCCCACGAGGAGUGCUGCUUCGCCGGUUACAGGCUCCACGAUGAGAACAACCAGCGGACAUUUGUCUCGGCCUCCCCCAGGGAUGCCAGCGUCACCUCGGAACAGAUGGGCUUCAGGGAGGCUCUGGAAGACGGCAUGAGGGGGGCGGGGCUCGCCGCCCUCAGCGGGCCAGGAAAGGGGGGCGCGGCCCUGGACGGGCCCCCGAGGAGCAAGGCUAGCCUCAUCGAGGUGGACCUCUCCGACCUGAAGGCCCCCGACGAUGACGGGGGGACAGAAGGCCGCCACAGCUCCGCGGACCUCGCCAGCGAGGGCGACCAGAAGCCGGGGGUCGGCUUCUUCUUCAAGGUGGCGUCUGCCCUGCAGGACGAACAGAAGGCAGAUGACGAGCUCGCCAGGAAGCGGGCGGCCUUCCUUCUGAAGCAGCAGCGCAAAGCCGAGGAGGCCCGCAUGCGGAGGCAGCAGCUGGAGGUGGAGGUCGAGCUCAGGAGAGACGAGGCACGGCGUAAAGCGGAGGAAGAUCGGAUCCGCAAGGAGGAGGAGAAGGCGCGGCGGGAGCUCAUCAAGCAGGAGUACCUGCGGCGGAAGCAGCAGCAGAUUCUGGAGGAGCAGGGCCUGGGGAAACCCAAGUCCAGGCCCAGGAAGCCGCGGCCCAAGUCCGUGCAUCGGGAGGAGCCCGGCAGCGAUUUGGGACCCAAGAGCACGCCCCCACCGGAUGACCUGAGCCGGGCCCAGUCGGGCUCCAGCCUGUCCUUGGCCUCCGCAGCGACCACAGAGCCCGAGAGCGUGCCUUCGGGGGGCACGCCUUCCCAGCGCAGAGUCGAGUCCCUGGAAGCCUUGCCCAUCCUGAGCCGCAACCCCAGCCGGAGCACCGACAGAGACUGGGAGACGGCGUCCGCCGCGUCCUCCCUUGCGUCGGUGGCCGAGUACACAGGUCCCAAGCUGUUUAAGGAGCCUAGCAGCAAAUCCAACAAGCCGAUUAUUCACAACGCCAUAUCCCAUUGCUGUCUGGCCGGAAAGGUGAAUGAACCGCACAAGAAUUCGAUAUUAGAGGAGCUGGAGAAGUGUGACGCGAAUCACUACAUCAUACUGUUUCGUGAUGCUGGCUGCCAGUUCAGGGCACUUUAUUGCUACUAUCCUGACACUGAAGAAAUCUACAAACUAACUGGCACGGGGCCAAAGAGCAUCACCAAGAAGAUGAUCGACAAACUGUAUAAAUACAGCUCAGACCGAAAACAGUUUAACCUGAUCCCGGCCAAAACCAUGUCCGUCAGCGUGGACGCGCUCACCAUUCAUAACCACUUGUGGCAGCCCAAGCGGCCCUCGGUGCCAAAGAAGACGCAGACUCGUAAAUGACCCUGGUGCGGCAGGAGUCUGAGGACGCGCCGGCCAGGUCGAUAUUUAUUAUUUUCAUCCUUUUGGGUACGAAGUGUGCAGAAUCACAGACCUUUUUCAAAGAGACUUCUAGACAACACGAGAAAACCCUCCCUUAGGUCCCAGCACACAGGACGGCAGGUGGAGCUGGAGUGAGGACUCAGCUCCGUUUCCAGCAGCUCGCGGCUGCUGUGGUCACUGCUACGCGGAGGCUCCCAGACGAGGGGCGCGUGCCCAGGAGCUCCGGGCAGCGGAUUCCUUUUACUUGAAGUUCUCCUUCGGUGUAAAUUAGAAGUGAUUUCCUUUGCUUUCUUGCCUCUCACCUCACCCCCUUUUGCACAUGACCUGACAGCCGUCUUGCUGGCCAGCUGUAAUCUCGCGAGAUGAUAGGACUGAGACUUGAUCUUGGGUCAGGGUUUUUGAAUGUCUGUAGGGAAGGAGCUCGUGUUGGGGAAGUCGUUUUCAUUUGAGAAACUGUAUAUUUAUUGAUUGUGUCUACUGCCAACGUUUAUAUCCAAUUCUAAGAUUUCUGAAAAAAAUUCUUGUUCCUUGCUGCUCAGAAAAAGUUUACUGAAAAUACCAGUUCACUAAAAGCACUGAAAUCUGCAAAGUCUGUCUUCUGCUAAAAUAACGUUUACAAGUACGGAGGGGUUCUCGCCGACACGCGAUCACGAGGAUGGUGAAUGGUACUCUCGCUGGUGCCUGCCUAGUUGAAAAUAGGAAAAGCUGAGCCGAUUACAGCCCGCGUUCAUUACGUUUGGGAUGGUGUGCUCCCGAUUUGUUCACUUUAAUAAAGACAGAUUUUGGUAAAGUAGAA